AUAAAAAUGAAAAAGAAAAUCAUUUAUAACAGCCUGUUUGUCUGAGGAACAAGAUAAGAACAAGGGAAAGAAGAAAAAGCAAAAGGAAAAGCAAAAGGUUAUUCCCAUGAUUUGGCAGGAAAGGGAAUGCUCCAGUGACUAUAAAAGAAGUAAGAAUGAGUUAAGGAAGUGAAAGUGAAAGUAAAGAGAUAAGAAGAGAUGGAGAGGGAGGAAGAUGUUAAGGUUGGAGCACAGAAAUUCUCAGAGAGGCAUGCGUUGGGAACAGGAGCUGGGGGUGACAAGGACUACAGAGAGGCACCAGCAGCACCCUUGUUUGAGGGAGGGGAGCUCAAGUCAUGGUCUUUUUACAGAGCUGGGAUUGCUGAGUUUGUGGCCACAUUCUUGUUCCUCUACAUCACUAUCUUGACUGUCAUGGGUGUCAACAGGUCACCCAACAAGUGCUCCUCUGUUGGCAUUCAAGGAAUUGCAUGGGCUUUUGGCGGCAUGAUCUUUGCCCUUGUCUACUGCACAGCUGGAAUAUCAGGUGGACACAUAAAUCCGGCAGUGACGUUCGGUUUGUUCUUGGCUAGGAAGCUGUCGCUGACAAGAGCUGUGUUCUACAUUGUGAUGCAGUGCCUUGGAGCUAUCUGUGGUGCUGCUGUGGUGAAGGGGUUUGAGGGUAAUGCAAGGUACCAGUUGUUCAAAGGUGGAGCCAAUUUUGUGAGUCAUGGAUACACCAAAGGGGAUGGUCUUGGUGCUGAGAUUGUUGGCACCUUUCUCCUUGUUUACACUGUUUUCUCCGCCACUGAUGCCAAGAGAAACGCUAGAGACUCUCACGUUCCGAUUUUGGCCCCUCUGCCAAUAGGGUUUGCUGUGUUUUUGGUCCACUUGGCAACCAUUCCCAUCACAGGAACCGGCAUUAACCCUGCUAGGAGUCUUGGUGCUGCUAUAGUAUACAACCGAGACCAUGCUUGGGAUCACCAUUGGAUUUUCUGGGUUGGACCUUUCACUGGAGCUGCUCUUGCUGCUUUAUAUCACCAGAUAGUCAUACGAGCAAUUCCUUUCAAGACAAGGGGUUAAUUAUCUCAGUUUCAGUUACUACCCGCUGUCAUGUCUUUCUCUAUUUGCCCAAUUAAUAUGGACUAUCUAUUUCUUUAAAUUCAGAUCUAUCAUGUGUGUAAAUUAUCUACCUCUUUUUCUCUUUCUUUGUGAACUCGAUUCAUUCUGGACAUUUUUUCGUGCUGUUAUGCCUAGUGCUUAUUAAUUUUUUUUC